CGGUGCCAUUCGACUCCGGGUCUGAUGCACCAGUGGAUCCCAGUGUGAGCGGCGGCGGCGGCGGCUGUAGUUUGUCAAUAACAGUCGGUCUCUACGAGCUUCGUCUUCACAACACGACCUUUAAAAAGCUGCGCUUCGUCCACAGCGUGUCCACGCACCCCGACACCGGGACACGACUGGGAGACAUUUCCCCUCCGCUUCUGUCUAAUUUGUCCUGUGAAUUCAGGCCAGACUUGACCUGUCGCGCGUUAUUAUCGGGGUUUUUUUUUGUGUGUGUGUGUGUGUGUCUCGUGUUCGAGGAGGUGAAAACAAAUGAAAAGAAGGGAAAACAAAGCAGACUUUGUGAGGACAGGAUGUGGACAAGUGAGCGAUGAUGAGGACGGUCACCUGUGAGACUAAGAGCAGCGAGGUGAGGUCCUGGUCCACGGUCAUCAUCGAGGUGACGGCGAACAAGUUUCACUCAUGGAGGCUGUGAACUGACAGACAGACAGACAGACAGACAGACAGACAAGAGGAGGUGAGGCGCGAGAGCAGCUGCGACACCGCGCUUUGUCCCUCACUGUUGUUUUCUGUCCUCACUUCCGCCAAACGAACACAAAGUUGGACCAUACGGGAGAAGUUUCCAGCGUGUCCGCUCAAAUCCACUCACUGUCCUUGCUGCUGCAGUGUGGGGACCACACCAGGUUCAGACUCUUGCGUGGAAGACCACACCAGGUUCAGACUCUUGCGUGGAAGACCACACCAGGUUCAGACUCUUGCGUGGAAGACCACACCAGGCUCUGUGUGAGGCUGCACGUGAACUCAAGUCCACUUUAGAUGCGGACUGGUUUCCGGGCAGUGAGUGCGCAGCGGAGCCGCCAGUGCCACUUGACAGUCGGUUUGUUCUUCAUCACUCAGAGGCAGCGACAUGGAGCUGACACGGCAGAGCAUCGUCAUGCUGCUGGCCUGCGUGGUCCACAGCUGGGUUUCUGCAGAGGAAGAGGUCCUGAUGAACACUAAGACAGAGACGUCAGAUCUGAAGUGGACCAUCUAUUCACGUACCAAACCUGAGUGGGAGGAAGUCAGUGGCUUAGACGACGAGAACAACAGUGUGAGGACCUAUCAGAUCUGCCAGACCGACAGUUCUUCCAGCCACUGGCUCCGCAGCGACUUCAUCCAGCGGCGAGGAGCGUCUCAGGUUUACGUGGAGCUGCGCUUCACCAUGAUGGAGUGUUCUUCCAGAAGCACCCACCACCGCAGCUGUAAGGAGACCUUUAACCUCUACUACUUCCAGGCUGACUCUAACGACGCCACGGCCACCUACCCACCGUGGAUGGAGAACCCGUACACCAAGGUGGACACAGUGGCUGCAGACUUUCUCCUGAGGAAGGGUGGGGAGCGGAAAUUUAAUGUGAAGACCUUAAGGCUGGGCCCUCUGUCGAUGAGGGGCUUCUACUUGGCCUUUCAGGCUCAGGGUGCCUGCAUGGCCUUGCUAUCCGUCAGGGUGUUCUUCAAAAAGUGUCCUCCCCUGGUCAGUGCUCUGUCCUCGUUCCCCGAGACAAUACCCCGUACUUUAGUGCAAGAGGCGCAGGGUGUGUGUGUGGACCGUGCGGCCCAGCAGGGUCCCCGACCUCGCCCCCCAAAGCUCUUUUGUGGGGAGGACGGCCAGUGGGUGGGUCAGCCAACAACCUCCUGUGCCUGCCUGCUGGGAUAUGAACCUGCUGAGGGACACACGCGAUGCACAGCGUGUCCCGUGGGUCAGUUCAAGUCGGGCUCAGAGGGACAGUGCACGGCGUGUCCCAGAUUCAGCCACGCCCCCGCCACAGGGCUGUCCGUGUGUGCAUGUCAAUCUGGAUACCUGCGUGCAGAAUCUGACACUCCCAACACCCCCUGCACAAAACCUCCGUCGGCCCCGCGCACCAUCAGUUCCCAAAUCAAUGACACCACUCUGGUCUUGGAGUGGAACGAGCCCCUGGACAACGGCGGCAGAACCGACCUGAGCUACACUGUCAAGUGCUCCGUGUGCGGCUCAGCCAAGGGGCCGUGCCCGCCGUGCGGAGACAGUGUCAGCUACCGGCCGGCACAGCAGGGCCUUCUGGGUCGCCGGGUGGAGGUGUGGGGCCUCCUGCCUCACACCACCUACACCUUCACUGUCCAGGCGCUCAACGGUGUGUCCCAACUCAGCGGCAAGGAGCCUGGCAGUGACAGUGUCAACAUCACCUCAAGCCAUGAUGUGCCGUCGCUGGUGUCCGUGAUCCGAAAGAGUGACUCGACAGAGAGCAGUCUGACUCUGCACUGGUCAGUCCCAGCUCAGCAGCCCUACACCAUCCUGCAGUAUCAGCUGCGCUACUGUGAGAAGGAGCGACGCAGUGAGGAUCAGUGCCACUACAGGGAGAGUAACAGAAACCAGGCUGUGCUGACAGAUCUCCGUAGGGCCACUCAGUAUGAAGUGCAGGUCCGGGUUCGCACCGUGGCUGGUUACGGCAGCUUCAGUCCUGCAGCUGUCUUUCGCACCCUGCCUGACGGAUACGACUCAGCCUCCCAGUUCUUGGUCCCUGGGGUCCUGAUCGGAGUCGGGAUGCUGCUGCUGGUCCUUUUCGUCUUUGUGGCUGCUUACUGCAUACGCAGACACAGCCAGAUAAAGGACCCAGAGCUGAGUGACAAAAACAGCCAGUACCUUGUCGGCCAAGGGGUCAAGGUUUAUAUCGACCCCUUCACCUAUGAGGACCCAAAUGAGGCAGUGAGAGAAUUUGCCAAGGAAAUCGAUGUUUCCUUUGUCAAGAUUGAGGAGGUUAUCGGUGCUGGAGAGUUUGGGGAGGUGUGCCGAGGACGACUGAGGGUCCCUGGGAAGAAAGAAAACUACGUCGCAAUAAAAACCCUGAAGGGAGGCUAUACUGAGAAGCAGAGACGUGACUUUCUCUCCGAGGCGUCCAUCAUGGGACAGUUCCAGCACCCCAACAUCAUCCACCUGGAGGGAAUCAUCACGGCCAGCUGUCCAGUCAUGAUCCUCACAGAGUUCAUGGAGAACGGAGCGCUGGACUCUUUUCUGCGGCUGAACGACAGCCAGUUCACACCCAUCCAGCUGGUGGGGAUGCUGCGCGGCAUCGCCUCAGGCAUGAAGUACCUGGCUGAGAUGAGUUACGUCCACCGAGACCUGGCCGCGCGCAACAUCCUGAUCAACAGCAACCUGGUGUGCAAGGUGUCCGACUUUGGCUUGUCCCGCUUCCUGCAGGAGAAUUCCUCUGACCCGACCUACACCAGCUCUCUGGGAGGCAAGAUCCCAAUCCGCUGGACGGCACCGGAGGCGAUCGCCUUCAGAAAGUUUACCUCUGCCUCAGAUGUGUGGAGCUAUGGCAUUGUCAUGUGGGAGGUCAUGUCUUUCGGAGAGAGACCCUACUGGGACAUGAGCAACCAGGAUGUAAUCAAUGCCAUAGAACAGGAUUACCGGCUGCCUCCACCCCCCGACUGCCCCACCCACCUGCACCAGCUGAUGUUGGACUGCUGGCAGAAGGACCGCUCAGCACGUCCUCGCUUCACGGACCUAGUCAGCGCUCUGGACAAGCUCAUCCGCAAUCCCGCCUCCCUGAAAAUAGUUGCCCAAGAAGGAGCAGGGCCGUCCUACAGCCUGCUGGACCAGCGCACACCUCCCGCUCUCUCGUCGUGCUCAUCAGUAGGCGAGUGGCUGAGGGCCAUCAAGAUGGAGCGCUACGAGGACAGCUUCCUGCAGGCUGGCCUCAGCUCUGUGGAACAGCUGGCCCAGAUCACCACACAGGAUCUCCUGCACAUGGGAGUGACUUUGGCCGGACAUCAGAGGAAAAUUCUUUCCAGCGUCCAAACGAUGACCUUUGGGAACAAGAGCGCUGCAACCGUGACCUUCUAACUCACCUCUCACUAACCUGGACAUGGACACCGUCACGCAGGUGCAGUCAUGGGCCGAGAGCACGCUGGCUCCUCCCCCGUGACCCACUUUGAACAGCGGACACCGGGAGAAACUGGCAGAAUUUAUUCAUGAAAAGAGAUUAAAACAUGACUUUCCCAUGAGGAUGAGAGUCACCUGGAGACUGGCGAGUGUCACGGGACGAGAGCGUGAAGCUGGUGACGCGUAGACUAAUUCACUGCCUCAUUUUAACAGCGUGUGCUCAGUGUGGUGUUGUUUUUUUUUUGGUUAUUUCCAACUUCCAGAGAUCGGGACCCAAGAAAUGAGGAGCGACAGAUCAGUGUUUACAACGUUCCCUGUCAUAUCAUGUCAUGUUGAAAACUGGCAGUUUCACGGGUUCUUGACCCGAUUAAACUUUGCUUCACCAAAGGAGACAAAAAAAAACAAACAUAUCUGUCAGUGACAAUUCAAGAAUCACUUUUUAAUUAUAAAUAAGAACGUUUCAUUUGUGUGUCUUGCAUUAAAUCCAUCUGGAUUUAAUUAUCAAACACAGUCCCCCAUCAUGGUUUGAUUUCAGCGUGACCUCCUCUUAGCUCAGGUGUGAUGUGUAAGGCAGAGCGCUGUACUUGUCCCCUAAUCAGACGCCCUUCAUCUUCCUCAGUCCGUCUCUCAGCAGUGUGUGUGUGUGUGUGUGUGUGAUGAAGGAGAAGUGACACGCAGAGACGUAUAUGGGCACUUUGGUGGCGUCAGAGUUAAUUGUGACCUCGAGUAACUCCACGCGUCUCUGUUGGAGUGCGGCCGUUUAAUCCCACUGCCCGUGUUUCUGCUGGCAGCUCACUUUGAAUGAAAUCAGACUCGACACGCACCGAGUGGACUCAGAGACCAGAGAACACUGUUGAAUUGGACGAUUUCUUGAUAUAACGUUGUGUUUUUAUUCUGUCUUCUUCAUCUUCCAGGUGCCAUUUACUCAUGAUUGCCAGUUUUAUAAAGCAGAAAUCCCCUAAUGUCAUUUAAAUGUACCACAAAAGGGUUACUUUGACAUUUUGAAGUUUAGUGAGGUCUCUUCUUUUUUUUUUUUUUGCGGGUUUCCCAGCAAAGCGACACACAUCUUGGCCGGUUGUCCGCAGUAUCCACUGGUUUGAGGCUGGAAUGUUCACGGUAUUGUUGAGCUGCUGUUUGAUUAGCAGAGUGGCCCCUCCUCGCAUUAUUACAUGUGCUCGUUGAAGAAGAAGAAGAAUGGACUGGAGUUCAAAAUGUCAAAGUAUUUCUCAAAGAACUUGCAUCUCUUGACGGAUAAUGCCGGCCUUUUUGACAUUUGGGUCAUGUGUAAUUUCCCCCCAGGUGGCUCACACGCCUGCAGUGAAUCAGGAAAAUGGAGCUCAAGCAGCCACUAAAAGAGCUGUAUGGGACACAAAAUGCCGAGCACCACUUUUCCAAAUGGUUUCCUCUCUGUGCCAUAGUGGUUUUUGCCCCUCGGAUGUUUACAUUCCCUUUUUUUUAUCAUAUGUGAUCAUUUUUCAGGGUUGCAAGAAUUGCACGAUUCCAAUUUACAUUUAAAAAGCCAAUCGAAUUUGAUGAAUAACCACUUCACUCUUUUUAAUGCGCACCUGAAGUGACUGUGCUGAAAUAUCUGCGACACCAAAACCACGUGUUCUCCUUGAUAACACGUGGUAUUGUCAGAGGUGGCUGUUUACAUAUGUACAGUAGAGAUUUCUCACAGGACAAAGUAAAAAAAAUAAAAAAUAAAAAAUGAAUCCAGACAAACAUUGGUGGACAUUUGUGUUCUCACUUAAAACCCCUGUGGACAAGCUUUAGAAAAGUGUCCUGAAAGCAGAUUGUGGGAAGACUGGUCUUCAUAUUGAAGAUCUCAUUUCAAAUGUUUGGAAUAACGAAUAGAUAAAAGUAUGUUUUGAUGACCAUCCUGUGUGUAGGCUAAUCUGUAUUCAGUAUUCAUAAUAAAGAUGCGCAGCAGUGUUUACCA